AUUGCAACCAACACCUAUUUCUUUUGUUCUCUGCGCCUUUUAUGUUGGUUCCUCCUGGUCAUACGGUGGGGGCGUAUGCGCAGACUUUGUUCGCUGAUUGAGGGACUGUUGCUGCUGCACAGGGCCUGGAAUUGAUUUUUUGAUGGGGAACAUGCUGUUUUGUUUGACCCUGUUAUGUGUGGGGUGGCAUGUUUGAUCUCUGCUCUGGUUUAUCUGUUGCUUUUAUCUUUCUUUGGCAGCUUCGCCCACUCUCGCCAUCUUUUGCAUCGCGACUUCAUUUCACUUCGUUUCGCCGUGUACCAAGUUUCCUUCUCAUCUCUUUCUCAGCAACAACAAUACGACAGCGUUGAUCACUGUCUUUUUGCCAUUCGACUACUCACUCACUCAUUCUCACCUUUCCUGGGAGCAAGACAUCUCACCUCAUCCAUCAUCAGCCUCACCUUUGCCAAGCGACACCGACAACGAAACCAAUAACCAGCUCACUUCCCUACUAGCGCACCUCUUUUUUUGUCGGACUCUGCCUCCCAAAAAAAAAAAAAAAAAAUUGAAAGGAUCGCCGAAGCACACCAAGAAAAGAAGACGAACAACGAACCCUUUCAGGAAGAAAAGGGGAAUCUCGGUCAAAGCAAAAUAAAUAGCCAAGAAAACCAAAUCCGUUCCCUCUUCGUCCCCGCCUGCUCCAAACAAAGAUGUCCGCCGCAGCAGCCGCCGAAGAAGCCGCAACGACCAACUGGCGGACGUACGAUGGCACCGUCCCGCAAAGCUUCAUGUUUUACGCCGUGUUUUUCCCUGUGAUGAUGGCGGUGUUUCUUGCGCUGCCUGCGGGGGUGUGCUACUUUUGUCUCUCGCGGGGCCGCAUCACGCCUUACUCGCCGCCGAACAUGGUGGGUGGUGGACUUGACAGAAAAGGUCCCCAUCAUGGCUCGGUGAACCAUGGGUCUGUAGCUGAAAAGUAGUGAGUGUGGUCUAAGUGAGUAGCUUAGGUGAUAUGUGAGAGACAGACAGAGAGGAAAAAGAUGAGGGCCCCAUAGCUCAUCAGCUCCGACGGCUGCAGCGCCACAACAAGACUUGCCCCUCCCUCCGUGCCGAGAUGCGUUGUGGGACUCUACUGGAUGUACAGAGUAAAAGCUAUUGUGUCCACUCACCUCUCAACGUCUUGAGUCACGCGGACAGGGCAGACGGAGAGAGCCGUUAAUGGGGGCCGGGGUCAGGGCACAUGGUGUCUCGACGAUGGGGGAUGGAAAUUGAGCAUGGCGCAGGAGUUGGUCGUCAGGGGUUUCAUUCAUUCACAUAGCGCCGGAGGAAGUUAUGGUUUUAUGCAGUUGAAAAGCGAGACGUGCUUUUCAAGAUCUCUC